GUGACAGCAGCGAGCACCCCCUGUUCUGUGUUGAAUAUUCCCCUUACUGCUCCGUCUUUGCCUUCUCCCCCGUCCGGCAGCCCAAUUCCAAUUACUGCUGCCUCCUCCUGCCACUCGUGCCACCUGCCUCCCUGGCGGCCCAGGUCCCCUCCCCCCACCUCCCCCCGGGGCCCGUGCCCUCCUUCAUGAGCCCGCCUUCCUGGUCCCCGGGGCCCGUGCCCGAGUCCCCGGCCACCCUGUGCUACUUCCCCGUCUCCUGCCCCACCCCGGCGGAGACCCCUGUGCUGUGCCUGCCGGGCCCCAGGAGGCCCAAUCCAGUAGUUCAACAAGAGGGCCCAAUGUGUGCAAGUGACACUAAGCCGAAGAGGCCAACUCGAGAGAGAAGAAGCUUAGUUUCAUCCUCACAGCUAAUGACCAUGACUGAGAAUACCCCUGAGAGAGCCAAAAAAGGAGACCCAAGUGCUCUUUCCCAGAAUGAGCCACAUCCAGGCCUAUGUCAGGCCUUCCAAGGAACAAACAGCCCUCAAGUGUUGAGUGAGUCCUUGGGGCCACCACUCCAAACCACCACCACGGGAGGACCAAGAAGGGCACCAUUUAGGUUCAGAGACGAAGAUUUUUAUUCCAUUUUGUCAUUAAACCCUGGAGGAGAAGGUGAUGACACUGAAGAAGAGACCCUAGUAGAGGAAGAAAUUUUAUUGGCUGGUAUGCACCCGCCUCGUUCUCCUCCCAAUCAUAAGAGAAGUCGAUUUCUUGGGAUAUCAGUCUCUCAGGCCAAAAAUAAAAAUUUUGAAGAAAAUCCUGAAAAUUGCAGAGCUAAUUCUGUAAGAAGAAAUGAGUCCAGUCAUGGCUCGUUAAGAAUAAGCAAUACAAUGGUGCCAGUGAGAGAGCCAUCUCCUGUUGGGCCAAGGGUGUUUCAAGACCCCGAGCCACCUGACGGGGGGUCUCCUAAAGACAAUGACAGUGGUAACAGUGAACAUGAGGAUGGCACCUUUCCUUCAUGGGACACAAAAUCCGACACUAGUCUAGAUGGUGACCUCAAUGCUGAAAAUGGAUUUAGAGAUUGUACUUCAAUGGAAGAUAGGCCUGGUACCUGCGAUUACGAAAGAGAUUGGCACGCCUAUUUAAACAGUUCUAGUAGUUCUCUUGACCAUUUUCUUUCUAGUAGGCCAACGGCUCCAAGAUCACCAGUGAAUUCAUCUUAUAACACUUCUGGAUCAUUAAUGCAUUCUGCUAUGAGAGAGGAUAUUCCAGUAGAUUUGUCAAUGUCGUCUACCUUCGUUCACGGUGCAGACUCAGAGGGAAACUCAAGGUUUAAUGUUCGUCGACCACUGUCCCCCAUUAGAAAUAGGAAUCCAUAUGUCAGUGCUGAAAACCAUAGUUAUUUUCCAGUAAACAGUGCACAUAAAUUUGAUGUCAGGGGAGCAGAAGAUGUUACUUUAACAAGCCCAUCACAGGGGGCUCCAUUAUACACAGAAGACCUCUUACUCCAUCCUCAAAGCAACUUGUCCUUGGUGGAGUCUUCCAGCUCCUCUCCAUCAAGAAUGAACUUACAAGGCCAUUUGCAUGUGCCUGGGUCCCUGCAAGAAAACAUACCUUUUACUUUCUUUGCAGUUUCUGAUUUCCCAAAUCAAAAUGAUAAUGGAAACAGACCGGCAGUCUCUGCUUUCCUGGAUGAAAAGGAAGCCACUAAGAUAAAGGCAGACCCCGAGAAACUCAAGAAAUUACAAGAAAGUCUCCUGGAGGAGGACUCGGAGGAGGAGGAGGGAGAUCUGUGUCGAAUCUGUCAGAUAGCCAGGGGUUCCCCAACCAACCCCCUCCUGGAGCCUUGCGGCUGUGUGGGAAGCCUGCGAUUUGUUCAUCAGGAGUGCCUGAAAAAGUGGCUGAAAGUGAAAAUAACAUCAGGAGCGGAUCUAGGCGCUGUGAAGACCUGUGAGAUGUGUAAGCAAGGCCUUCUGGUCGAUCUGGAUGAUUUUAACGUGACCGACUUCUACCAGAAGCACCAGCAAUCCCGGGCACAGAAUGAGCUGAUGAACUCAGGCUUGUACCUGGUGCUGCUGCUUCACCUCUACGAGCAGAGGUUUGCAGAACUCAUGAGGCUCAACUACAACCGAGUUGCAAGGGAGAGGUUGUCAAGAAAUUACCCACAAUCCAGACCGGAAGAAAAUGAAAGUAGGUUUGGGGGUCAGUCCUGCCAUUUUGAGGGUAUUUGCUAAUUUACUGUUUUUCUGUGACUGGA